AGAGACUAUUACAGUAGUAUUUACUGUACUAUUAAUCGUAUGAUAUAAUGGAAUAGUCGUUACAUUUGUGUUGCAAUUGAAUUGAAUAGUGAAUAGCAUUGCAGUCAUUGGCAGACAAAGCGUGCGCUCAUUGAAGGCAUUAUUGAAGACAUUCAAAGACUUUAAUCAAAAAACCAAUUGAUCACCAAUUAGUUGAUCCAUAGAUCUGUCAGAUAUAGACACUAUCAUCAUAAAGAUCACCACAAACACACCGCGACAUCACUGACACAUACAUCACAAGACAUGCAGACAGCGGGUGUUACUGAAGGCGAUGGUAUGCCUACAUUCAAAUGUGUUUUGGUGGGCGAUGGCGGCACUGGAAAGACAACAUUCGUUAAAAGACAUUUAACCGGAGAGUUUGAGAAGAAAUAUGUCGCUACUCUUGGAGUAGAAGUACAUCCCCUGGUAUUCCACACAAAUCGCGGACCCAUUCGGUUCAACGUCUGGGACACCGCAGGUCAGGAAAAGUUUGGCGGUCUUCGCGAUGGUUAUUAUAUUCAGGGUCAGUGCGCUAUAAUCAUGUUUGAUGUAACCUCUCGGGUGACCUACAAGAAUGUUCCCAAUUGGCACCGGGAUUUGAUUCGGGUUUGCGAAAACAUACCCAUUGUUUUGUGCGGAAACAAAGUCGACAUCAAAGACAGGAAAGUGAAGGCAAAGUCUAUUGUUUUUCACAGAAAGAAGAAUUUACAAUACUACGAUAUUAGCGCCAAAAGUAACUACAACUUCGAGAAGCCUUUCCUCUGGUUGGCCCGUAAGCUGAUCGGCGAUCCCAACCUUGAGUUUGUGGCAAUGCCAGCGUUGGCGCCGCCGGAGGUGACCAUGGAUCCGGCCUGGCAGAAGAAACUGGAAGAGGACAUGAUUCAGGCACAGAAUACAUCGCUUCCCGAUGACGACGACGAAGAUCUUUAAUGUGAUGACAGAAAUUGUAAUAAUAAUUAUCACUAAUUUCUUAAAAUGCGUUAAUUAAUUAAAUAAUCUGUUAGUCUUUUAAUUACGAUAAAUAUGUCCUCAAAUACCAACCAAAACAAACA